GGACACCCUCAGAAGACGCAUGUCUAUUCUCUGGUGAGUCACAACUGUUUUGGAAGCAAAAGGAAGACCUGCAUAAUAUUAUAGAGGUGGUCAUAAUGUAAUGCCUGAUUGGUAUACAUACAGAUAUAUAGAUAUAUCUACAGUCUACAGAGAUCAUCAUUCAGUUUUAAUGAACUCUCAAGCAUUGUCUCCCUUGACUGUGUCCAACUGAAUAACAACAAGGCUUAAAUAUUGCCCGAAUAGGAUCCUGUGUCCAUCCUGUGUGUCUGAUAUGUGGCUUGAAUUAAUAAAAGCCGUGCUCAUUCACUGGACUGUACACACAGAGAAAAAAAGGGAAGCUUCCGCCUCAGAAAGGUGGGAGGUGUCAUGUGACGCGCGGGUCCAGCCAAUCAGGAGUAAGUGCGCAUUGCGAUCCUGUGCAGAGGGAUUGUUUUAUUGAAGGGCUGGUAGUGAUCAAUGAGCGAGUGGAGCUGUCCACGGUGCUGAAAGUUACUUCAUGACGGACUGACUUUCAGCACCACGGGCAGCUACAUUUGAAUAAUCCAAAAAUAGUACACACGAACACGAAUUAGUAUUAAAGGAUUUAUAUAUGUUCCACUCAUACCGACCGGAUUUGCACACAUUUAGAGUCUUUAUUGUUAUUUCUACUUUUCAAAGAUGAUUUUCAGUUUUUGUAUUUACAUAGAGAGACGCCUUGCAACUCAACGACUACAUUGUAGCUGAAGCAGAGGAGGACUUGAGAGCAAGCUGUGCAGCUCUGACUAAAAUCCCAUCACAAAUACAAAAACAUAACUCCAAUAUAUCCCAACAGCCCUAAGACUAAAUUUGUUGCUGCUGCAACGCCGGGACGGGUGGAUGAUUGGGUUUCGGUUUUUUGGUUUAUGCCUCCACAGCUGCUCAAUCUCGGGCAGUUGGUUGUAUUUCCUCGGGGUAAUAUAACUCUUCUACUCCAUUAAUAACGGAGCCACCAACGAUCACAUCAAUCUGUGGCUGCAGACGCAGGCCCUUGUCAUGUAGGUGCUACAGGCCUCCACGGUCACAUGGUCAGCUGGCCAAUGAGCUGAAUGAAGUCAGCACCUUGUAAAUCAGCGUUGACAGCGAGAUACGUGUGUUUCCUAUGAAGUCAAUAAAUGGGAAAUCAGUCAGGGAUUUAUGAACAGGCCUGGCUGAUUGGUGUUGUGGGCAAAAGCUAAAUUAGAUCAGUGAGAAUGGCAGUAUCUCAGCGUGGCAGAGGUGUAUUGAUGAAGUGACAGUCAACAACAGUAAAAGGGAGAAAAUACACCUUCUGUGCGUUUGAAUCAACUCCCCCACGGCUGCGCUUUCGGGUGUAAGUUGUGCUCCGUCUAAAGGUGUGAAAGUGCGGGUUGAUCAGGCGGAACAUGUUUUAAAAGGCAAUAGUUUAAGUUGAUCACGAUUAAAUGAGGCAGGGCUUCACGUCCCAUGGUUGCAACCUUUUCAUGACGUCGAGCCAGUUGUUUUGGUCCCCUCUGCCCAAUCGGAGGCUCCUCUCACAUUCUACCGGAGCCGAAAUGGAUCUGUUCAUGCAGCGGCUCUGUCCUCCCGUAAGGACCAUAACGCCCUUUGUCAGGGGCUCCGUGGUACCUGACUGCUGCUUUAAACAGCAGCACUGACAUGGAAACCCCAUUACAGCUGCAGAACGAUUUCUUUCCAGAGCAGCGGCUCCAGCACUGUAAGUACCAGCACUACUGCGGGCGGGAGGAUCGGCUCAGUAAGCAGCACGACCAAUGCUGCACCUGCAAUAACUGCACCUGUGAAGCGAGAAAAAGCCUCGUCUUCCGCGGGACGUCGCCGACCACUGUGGGAACUUUAAGGACACCUUCGGAAACGUCUUCGAGGCAAGGUUGCCAGUACAGCGUCUGCGACUUCACACCCUCUAGUCAUGGUAGUUCAUCCAGACAUCAUCAUCCUCACCAUCAGCAGCAGCAGCAGCAGCAGCAGCAUUGCCGCGAUCGGCAGCGGGGCAGCCUGGGCAGCAGCCACAAAGACAGUAACUCCUACAAUGAAAUAGCCAUGAGCAGCUGCAGAUACAACGGCGGCGUAAUGCGGCCGCUGAGCAACUUGAGCUCGUCCCGCAGAAACAUACACGAGUUUGAUUCCGAGUCACAGCCUUUGCAGCCCAUUUCAGCCGCAGAUGCGUCGGACACUUUAGUAUCCAAGCCGGAGAACAAUUCCACCACCCUGAUGCCUUACGCAUCGGGAGACGGAGGGGGUGGCUGCGGCCACAGCGGCGGCAAAUCGGGUAAAAAGAAGAACCAGAACAUUGGGGAAAAGCUGGGGCACAGGAGGGCCUUGUUUGAGAAGAGGAAACGGCUCAGCGACUAUGCUUUAAUCUUUGGGAUGUUUGGGAUCGUUGUUAUGGUUAUAGAGACUGAACUGUCAUGGGGAGCCUAUGGAAAGGAAUCCCUGUAUUCAUUAGCUCUAAAAUGCCUGAUAAGCCUUUCUACAAUCAUACUCCUGGGGCUGAUUAUCAUAUACCAUGCAAGAGAGAUACAGCUAUUUAUGGUGGACAACGCAGCAGAUGACUGGAGGAUAGCCAUGACGUACGAGCGCAUCUUCUUCAUCUGCCUGGAGAUCCUGGUGUGCGCCAUCCACCCCAUCCCAGGGAAUUACACCUUCACCUGGACAGCACGCCUGGCCUACUCCUAUGUGCCAUCCAAGACGGAUGCAGAUGUGGACAUCAUCCUGUCCAUCCCCAUGUUCCUGCGGCUGUACCUCAUCGCUCGCGUCAUGCUGCUGCACAGCAAGCUCUUCACUGAUGCCUCGUCCCGAAGUAUCGGUGCACUCAACAAGAUUAACUUUAACACACGCUUCGUGAUGAAGACCCUCAUGACCAUCUGUCCCGGCACUGUGCUGCUGGUCUUCACCAUCUCGCUAUGGAUCAUCGCUGCAUGGACAGUGAGAGCUUGCGAGAGGUACCAUGACAACCAAGACAUAACCAGCAACUUUCUUGGAGCCAUGUGGUUGAUCUCAAUCACGUUUCUUACCAUCGGAUAUGGGGACAUGGUCCCCCACACGUACUGUGGGAAAGGAGUCUGCCUCCUGACUGGCAUCAUGGGCGCCGGCUGCACUGCCUUGGUGGUGGCUGUGGUGGCGAAGAAACUGGAAUUAACCAAAGCUGAAAAACACGUCCACAAUUUUAUGAUGGACACCCAGCUAACAAAAAGAGUGAAAAACACAGCUGCGAAUGUUCUCAGGGAGACGUGGCUCAUCUACAAGAACACCAAACUGGUGAGGAAGAUGGACCACGCCAGAGUCAGGAAGCACCAGAGAAAAUUUCUCCAAGCCAUUCACCAAGCUCGAAAAUUGAGAAGUGUUAAAAUGGAGCAACGCAAGCUGAAUGACCAAGCAAACUCACUAGUGGACCUUGCUAAGACUCAGAACAUCAUGUACGACAUGAUAUCGGACUUGAAUGAGAGGGGGGAGGACAUGGAGAAGAGGAUCGCCCUGCUGGAGACGAAGCUGGAGACUCUACUGAGUAAUUUGCAAGCUCUGCCCGGACUCAUCAGCCAGGUCAUCAGCCAGCAGCACAGGGACUUCCUGGAGGUGCAGCUCCAGCCUUAUGACAAACACAGCCCUGAGCGCUCACAGUCAGUGUCCCGACGGAGGUCGUCCUCCACAGCACCACCCACCUCCUCCGAGAGCAGCUAGAGUCCACGGGGAAUGCCUCCACUGAUGACUUUUGCCAUCAUAUGGCCAAGUUGCAUUUAUCGUAAAGCCUUAUGGUUUCAAUAAGUAUUAUCCAAAUUCUGAUGACAGAAUCCAAGAUACUGGGGACAAUGCAUUUUAAUGGAUAACAUCAUGCUGUUAUUUGUUUUUUAUUACCUCAAAAGAUGCUGUUAUCCUUGCUCUGGUGACAUGACUACGAAUAAUGGCGCUUCCCUCAGUAAAAAGGCCUAUCGAUGGGGCUGUGAUAAGAACUCUUCUCCAUCUCUAUGCAGAGGUAGCCAGUUUUAGAUGGCGAGGUUACCAAGUGUGAAACUAUUGCACUAAAAUAGUGCUUCUCACAGACUUUGUGCUUCUGCUGGCUUGAUUCAGUUGCUGUGUUCCUCAAAGCAAAGUGAGAAACCACUGAGAAAUCAGUCAGGGAGCAUGUCAGUGAUAUUGAAUAAAAAAUGCUGUGUUUGAUGGACUGGAGUGAACUGAGAGCAGAAGGCAGAUGAAAAUCGCUUCUUCACACUGUCACUCAGAGAUAACUUAAAAAGCUUGAAAUGAGGAUUAAAAAAAUAUAUAUCUUUUAGGUUAGAAACAGCAUCAACUAUAGCGGUUUUCUUUUUGCAGAGUGCCCCUGUAGAAUGACUAUUUUUGGGGCGACGUUGCAAAUAAUUUACUCCUCUAGUCAAAAUGAAUGCAUCAAAAUCUGUACUUGCACUUACUUUUUAUUCAAUGCACUUCAAUGCUGACUGAAAUAUGAUAUAAAGAUGCGUUGCUCAUUAAAAGAAGAACAUUUGAGAUGUUUGGGCAUGGGUUUAUUAUUGUCAAUUCUCAAGUUGUGGCUAGUGUUGAUGAAUCAAGUCGAAGCCCCCUUUUCUGUUUUCCACACUGACGUGGACCUGUAGAGGUCUAAGGAGAUGUAUUGGGUGAUGAUAAAUUCAGUAAUUAUUACCCCCCUGUCUUGCUGUGUCUCACCUCCCGUCCUUCCUUCCUGUGCUGUUUAUGCUUGCUGUCACCCCAGCCAGGCAACCACAAACACUGAACAACAACUGUAAACCGUAUCUACCUUUUAAAAAGAAAAUGCCUAUUUUUAUAUAUUUUGAUGAGGACAAGCACACCUCUUACAAUUCAACAAACAGCAACGAGGAUCUGUGAAGCGACAGAUUUGACAUAUCAGUGUAUAUGUUGGACUGGAGUUAAGAUACAUAAAGCUGUCCAUGAGUGAUUUAAAACUUGCAUUAUUCUUCAGACUGCAUUUAUUUUUUACAGCAAAUGCUUUAGAUGACACUGCUGGUUGAGCUGGACGAGCAGACAGGUAAAUCUACUUAUAGUGACUGGAAUUUAUUAGAUUUAGAAGUUUUAAUGUCCAGAGUCCAAUUAAAAGAUUCUGUUUCAAAUAUCCCCCUUGGACAUUCACAGAGUUUCACACCGUGCAAACUGUGUGAAAAGCUCUGAUGUGGAGAGGAUACCUUUUAGAUGGUAAAACUCAGCAUAUGACAGUAGUUGUUGAAGAGAAAUUUUUUCAGAGUUCAUAGAACGCAGCAUGGGUCAGAGGAGAUCUGGUGGUCACUCAUCAAAUCAGCAGCACUGACCUUGUUCAACCAGCUCACCCACAAACCAAUAAAUUAGUCAGAAGGUCAACAAAACGACAACAGAUGUUCAGUCCACAAACUUUAGCAGCAUAGAUACCAAUGAGAGAUUAUACUGUAUGCAACUUAAACGAUAAACAAUUAAACACUAAAACUAUACAA